AUGGCUCCCCUAACAAAUCCUGUCCCUAGAAAGAAGAUCGCGGUCAUUGGCAGUGGCAGCGCGGGCAUCGCUGCGCUAUGGGCGCUGAACAGAACUCACCACGAUGUGUAUAUGUACGAAGCUGCGGACCGAUUAGGAGGUCAUACGAACACUGUCGAGUUCAAGCAUGGAAAAUCGAAGACUUUGGUGGAUACGGGCUUCAUUGUCCUGAACAGUGCCACUUAUCCCAAUUUCAUUGCUUUCCUGAAAAAUAUCGGCGUGCCUACGGUUCCAACUGAGAUGACCUUUGGAGUUUCUCGAGAUCAGGGGCUGUUCGAAUGGGCUGGGACAUCACUCGCCGCGGUCUUCGCUCAACGACGGAACUUGUUCUCACCCCGCGUGUGGAGAAUGAUAUUCGAUAUUAUACGUUUCAAUCAGUUCGCCUUAGAUCUUCUGAAAGAUGAAGAAAGGAGUGAAGUAUACCGGAAUGGAAAUGGGGCUGCGAACGGGAAUGGGAAAGGGGUUCAUCAGGCAGAGAAGCAAGAGACGAUUGGCGAAUAUCUUGAUCGGGAGGGUUACUCGGAUGCAUUUCGGGAUGACUACCUCAUACCAAUGACUGCAGCGGUUUGGAGUACAAGUCCGGAUAAAUGUUCUUUGGAAUUCCCUGCUGUUACUUUGGUCCGAUUUAUGUGGAACCAUCACUUACUGAGCACCGUUGCUACAAGGCCGCAGUGGCUGACUCUAAAACAUGGUGCCCAGAGUUAUAUCGAUGCUGUCAUGAAAGGAUUUCCACCAAACCACGUCUUCCUCAAUACCCCCGUUAAAUCAGUAACCAACACCGAUAACGGUCGAGUCAGGCUACACUUAGAGAUCGGACAGGAAGAUGUCUACGACCAUGUCAUAAUUGCCACUCACGGCGACCAGGCUCACAAUCUAAUCCUCCCUGAAGCCGAUUUGGAAGAAAAGGAGAUCCUCUCUGGUUUCCAGACAAGCAAAAAUAACGUAGUCCUCCACUCAGAUCUCUCCUUGAUGCCCAGGUCAAGAAGAGCCUGGUCCUCGUGGAACUACAUUACCGAAUCAUCCGCAACUUCUUCAAAUAUUGAUCAAGUGUGUCUCACGUACAACAUGAACAUAUUGCAACAAAUUCCUGAGCUCACCUUCGGACAUGUCCUCGUGACCUUGAACCCACUUCAUGAUCCAGACCCCGCGUCAGUUCAGGGACGAUAUACCUAUUCACACCCUCAAUAUAAUACCACGGCCAUUAGAUCACAGAGUCUGUUGCCACGAAUACAGAACACCCGAGGCAUCAGCUAUUGUGGGGCUUGGACGAAGUAUGGAUUCCAUGAAGAUGGCUUCUCAAGCGGACUCAAAGUUGCCCAGGAUCAUCUCGGUGCACAGCUUCCUUUCAAGUUCAAAGACAGUACGUUUAGUAGAGGCAAAAGACCUGUUCUUGGAAUCAGUGAUCUGGCAUUAAGAGUCUGGAUCAUGUUCGUGCAGAUGAUUAUUAUAAUCAUUGACAGGAUAUGCGGUGUGCAACGAGCUACGCCUCAAUCGGUGGAAGUGAAGAAACUCAAGAAUAUCUAA